UAUCUUAAAAAAAAUAAAAAAAAUUCAACAUUCUUAACUUAUAUGGAUAAGUGACCCAUGAGUUGGAUCAAUUGGGCACCAGCCCAUACAACAGCCCAAAUAUUAAUUUUAAGUUUUUGGUACCCAAAAAAAAAAAAAAAAAAAAGAUAGAGAAUCCGUUACAGUUAUCUUAGCGCAAUCGUUCACCCACACACUUGAAGAACAGAUGGAACUUCAAGCUCUACUUCCCAGUUUCCGGGUCCCACUUCACCGGAAACCGGCAUUCCACCACCAAUUCUCUCGCUUUCGACGCCUUAAUACGACGUCGGAACUUCAAUCGUCGCCGCAAGUCAACGGAAGAAGCUCAACUUCUGCGUCAAUCCCGACUCACAAAAUCACCGUUCAUGACCGGCAACGCGGAUUAACUCACGAAUUCUUAGUUCCCGAGGAUCAAUAUAUAUUGCAUACUGCAGAAGAUCAGGAUAUUAAGCUUCCCUUCGCUUGCAGGCACGGUUGUUGUACUAGCUGUGCUGUCCGUGUCAAAUCUGGACAACUCCGUCAACCUGAGGCACUUGGAAUAUCUGCUGAAUUAAAAUCUCAGGGCUAUGCACUACUGUGUGUGGGCUUCCCAUCAUCCGAUCUUGAAGUAGAAACACAGGACGAGGAUGAGGUAUAUUGGCUUCAGUUUGGGAGAUAUUUUGCCCGUGGUCCAAUUGAAAGGGAUGAUUAUGCAUUGGAGUUGGCCUUGGCUGAUGAAUAGAAGGGGUCUUAGUCACCUCUGGGCUGUCUACAUUCCUCAAGUAUUAAUUCCCUUAUCAGCUUGCAGGUGUGUGAUAUCAUCUGACCAUCAGUUCACAUAAAUGCUUAGAGACUUCAUACUAUCAAUAUUGUAUGCGUGUAACGAUAAGGAAUUCAUGUCUUGCUGUCUCCAGUGCAUAAAAGAAAAUCGAUAGUUAGAAGUACUCUUCUCACAACAGAUUAUUCUGAUGUAAUCCAUGUGUAACUUAUAAGUGCAUGUUCUGCUCUUAUUAAAGUGCUUAAUGACAAUCGCAAUUACAAUUGUUCAGAUUUGCA